AUGACGGCACCAAGGCUUCCCUUCCUAUAUCCAAACAUCGUCCGAUCCCUACGGUCGUGCGAGCCAGCAACGUACCGCUCUCUCCGUCCUCGUUCCCGCAGUCGCUUUCCGCGCGCAGAUUUCCAUACGAGCCAGCGAUGCGAGCAAGAGACCUCAUACCACCGCCGCUACGGUCCAGCUGUGGAAGCUAAACUGCCUCCUCCAGAGCGGCCAAAGGCCAAAUCUGGGGACCAGUCUUCGCGCGAGGCCUCGUCCCAAAGGGACAGCUCGCAGGACCAGCGGAGUGAUGCUCAACCGGAACGAGCGCAAGCGCAAGAUUCUAACAAGACAACUGAGAAAGGACAAUCCGGUCAAGAGAAGAACCCGGCAGUUGAUGCAAGCUCGACCAAUCUUUCAGCCGAACUCCCACCUCAGGAGAAUGCCAACCCGGAUGAAGACGUAGAUGAUGUCGAGAACAGUGAUCCUUCUCUACGACAGCGCAAGGAUGAGGCGCGCCAGACGCAACCUGCCUCUUCUGACGACAACCCUCUACAAGACGUCUUGCAGAUGCCUUCGCCUUCCUCUUAUUUAACUCCAUCUGGAGUCUCCGCCGCCAAUGGCCAGAAGCCGCCGCAUCUGACACCACCCCCAUACGUCCAUCAUUUCGACACAUAUAGCUUGGUGCGGGAUCUGGCAAAGAGUGGCUUCACAGAUGAGCAGUCAGUUACGAUGAUGAAGGCGAUCCGUGGUAUUCUGCAAGACAACCUUGAAUUGGCCCGGGAAAGCCUGACCUCCAAGUCGGACGUUGAGAAUGAGUCAUAUCUGUUCAAAGCUGCCUGCUCGGAGCUUCAGCAGUCUCUCCAGGCCUCCAGAAAUGCAGAGAUCCAGCGCCAACGCACUUCCAGGACUCAGCUACAACAUGAAGUGGACAUCCUAUCACAACGCCUGAACCAGGAACUGACGGGUCUCAAAGAUGACCUGAAGGGCAUGUUCAACGACCACAAGAUGACGACAAGGGAACUCCAGCGGAGUCUGGACACCGCAAUUCAAGAGCUGAACUACAAGAUCACUGUAUCGCUGAAUAGCGACGGAAAAAGUGAGGCUGAAGGGUUAAGAUGGAUUCUUACCAGAAGAGCAGCGAUGGCAAUCGCCACAAGUGCUAUUAUGAUCAUCCUCUUCCUCCGAUACUAUUCCUAUAAGACUAGCCAGAAAGAGUCCAAGAAGGCCAAAGAAGCAGCUGCGAAAGAAGCCGCCGAGACCGAAGUCAAGGACACUGGUGUGCAAACGGAAGCAUCAAUCGCGGAACAAGUCGCUCCCGAAAUCCUAGGAUAA